UAUUAAUAAAAUAAUAGGUGGGACACACAGAAAAAUUAAGCGUUGGUGCUUCUUCUGCCUAAUUAGACGUCGCUGCUUGGCUUUUUCGCGGGCCCCACUGACACGUGGCGGCUCGCGAUUGGUUCGUUUUAAUUUUUUUUUUAAUUUAGAAAAAAAAAACCAAAAAAAAAAAAAAUUAAACACCCCAGUUGGGGUGCCAGGGUUAAAGAUGGUCUAAGGGUUGAGGCGAACCACCGAGACAGAUAUGGUCGGUUGAUAGCCUCUACACGGGGGAGAAAAGGUUGGAGCCGUACAAGUGCAGCAAUGACAUGUGACAAAAGCCCCCGAGUAUGUCGUCUCAAAGGAAGUUCAGGCCGUGCUUGCUGUCGUAAGAGGUGUGUGGACUUGAGGACCAACAAAUUGAACUGUGGAAGAUGUGGGAAAAGCUGUCAAUACUCGGAGAUUUGUUGCAACGGGUAUUGUGUAAACCCAAUGUUUAAUAAGAGACAUUGUGGAGGUUGCUUUAAGAAGUGCAACAAAGGGAGAUCGUGUGCCUAUGGAAUGUGUAAACCCAAUGUUUAAUAAUAGUCAUUUCAAAACAAAUAUAAUUAGAAAUGCAAUAGUCUUACACAAUAAUAAUCUGUAUAUUUAUUAUUUUUACAUAGACUUGAAGGUUUUAGUAAUUAUACUUUGUUCUUAAAAUCCGACAUUAUCGUAUUCCCGUUUUACUCUAUGAUUUUAAACCGACAUCUAAGAAUGUGAAUGUACAUAUUUUGGCGGAAGUUGACUUUUCUGCCUAUAAAAAACGAUAAUAGUGCCAUUUGUUAAUUGCCGUCUCAGAUAGUAUUAUUCUAUAUAUAUUACUUGUUUUCAGUCGUAUUCAAAUAAAAGAGCAUUAUAUUAAACAAGUUGAAGUAUAAAUAGCAAAGUCAAAACCAACCCAUCGUCAUCUCAAGCUCGUGCAAUCACGUCUACCUAUAACUAAGAGCAUCGACCGAAGAAGUACUUCUUUAACAAUUUAAAUUCAUGGGGUAAGUUUCAUUUCACUAGUCGGCCCUACUAUCCGUGUGUCCCACCUUCUCAUCUUUCAUAAACUACAUAAAAAUUCAUAUACUUAAAUGCAAAUUAAUGAUUGUACAUUGUCUAGCUCAUACCUAUGUCGUGUAUAUAUAUAUUUGCUCACACAUAGUUCAAAUCAAGCCUCUCCAUCUUCAAGCAAAAAUGGCUUCUCUUUUGUUAACAGUUUCACUUCUCUUUGCAGCUCUCUCUUAUCCUCUUGUAGAGGCUGCUUAUUAUAGUAAUAGUUAUUACACCACCCCAAAACCAUUACUAAACCCAAUCGAUUCUUGCUGGCGUAGAAACCCUAACUGGGCAUCUAACCGCCGCGCUCUAGCCGAUUGCGCGGUUGGGUUCGGUAAAGCCGCAAUAGGGGGCAAAUACGGGUCAGUCUACGUGGUUACAAACCCAUCGGACAACCCUGAAAACCCUAGACCCGGAACCCUACGGCACGCCGUGAUUCAAUCUAAACCGCUAUGGAUCACAUUCGCACGUGACAUGGUCAUAGUGUUGCAAAACGAGCUCAUCAUGAACAGCUACAAGACUAUCGACGGAAGAGGAGCCAAGGUGGAAAUCGCAUACGGGGCAUGCAUAACGGUCCAACAUGUGAACCAUAUCAUUAUACAUGGGAUAAGUAUCCAUGAUUGUAAACCGGGUAAGUCGGGUCGGGUGCGCAGCAGUCCGACCCAUAUUGGAAGUAGGAAAGGAUCGGACGGUGACGCAAUCGCCAUAUUUGAUUCUUCACAUAUUUGGAUCGAUCAUUGCUUCUUUUCUCGGUGUCAAGAUGGUUUGAUCGAUGUGCUUCAUGCUUCGACGGCCGUCACUAUUUCUAAUAAUUACUUCACACAGCACGAUAAAGUGAUGUUGCUCGGGCAUAAUGACAAUAAUGUGGAAGAUAGGAUUAUGCGAGUUACAAUUGCAUUCAACCAUUUUGGACCGGGUCUCAUUGAGAGAAUGCCUAGAGUAAGGCUAGGGUAUGCGCAUGUAGCUAACAAUAGAUACGAGAAGUGGCAAAUGUAUGCAAUCGGAGGAAGUGCUAAUCCAACUAUCUUCAGCGAAGGCAACUACUUCGUUGCUUCUGAUGACCUUAGCAAAAAACAGGUGACAAAGAGAAUAGAAAGCGGAUAUGAUUCGAAAAGGUGGAAAUGGAGAACAUCAAAAGACGUUUUCAAGAACGGAGCUUACUUCGUGCAGUCUGGAUACGGAACCGUCACGCCGUUGUACGGAAGAGCAGAGUGGUUUCCGGUGUCCCACGGCUCUCUCGUCCCUUCUCUCACUUCCUCCGCCGGCCCUCUCCGUUGCUACUCCGGCAGGACUUGCUGAUUAUUUAUAAUAUUCAUAAACAUGUUUUGUUUUUGUGUUUUUUCUUUCAACAUCGAGGCGGAAUUCCUGUAUCUGAGGUGUAUUAUGUGAAUUCUUCUUACCCGGGACGGAAUUCAAAUUUAUGGAGGAUCGAUUUUUUUUUUUAAAGUUUUUCUUUUUGAAGUUUGUUUUUAUAAAGACUUGUAUAAUUCAGUAAUGUAUCUUUUAAUCCAAAACUUGAGUUGCAUAAUUAUAAAAUUUGAAGUUUAUAAUGUGAAGAGUGUAAAUAUAUGAUGGGUAUGAUGAUAUUUUUUAUACGAAACGACAAUAAACAGAACUGUUAGAUUCAAGUUUAUUAUGGCUUCCAAUUUAAAACUAAUUGGUAAUAAGUGGAUUGGCCAUAACCAUUUAUAUAGUAGUAAAUUAAUUUUUAUAUUUUCGAUGUGGGAUGUUUUUUUUAUCAAUAUCCUUCCUCACGCUCAGACAUCUAGGUCUGAAACGUGGACAAUGUGGGAAUAACAUUCACAAAGGGUCCAACAUCGGUAUAGUAGUAGUACUUGUAGUCAAAUGAUCUUAUCGCUCUAAUACCAUGUUAGAAUCGGGUUAAUUAUGGACUUUCAACUUAAAGCCAAUUGAUAAUGAGUGGAUCGGUCAUAACCCUUUAUAUAGUAGUAGAUUAAUUCUUAUAUUUUCGAUAUGAGAUGUUUCUCAUCAAUAAGAACUUUAAAGAAAUUGAUAUAUAGUACUCCCAUAAGAAAAGUGAUGAUGUCGACAAAAAAAAGAAAGAAAAGUGAUGACAAUGCUAUUCUCAAAAAGUAUUAUUGUUUUAAAAAUAUUACUACUAGCUCAUUCUUUCCUAAAAAAAAAAUAUUACUACUCAUUCUCAGUCGUAUUUAAAUAGAGGCGCCGUAUAUUAACCAAAAUCAAAAAAAAAAAAA